AUGCCACCUGGAGCUCCGUUUAACUCCUUUGCUUUGCCUUAUCCCAUACGUGUGGACUGUUUCAGCGCUAUCUCUCCUUCUGCCUCGGAACCGCAUAAUGCUGCCCUUCAUCUUCUUUCGCAUACACACUCGGACCAUAUCGUGGGUCUGCAAGCCAAAAGCUUCAGUCAUACUGUUGCUUGCUCAGCAUCCGCCAAAGAAAUGCUCCUCAAAUACGAACCAUACAGAGAACGCGCGCUUCACGAGGAAGAAUACCGCGCAGAACAUAGUCACACGUUUCGUCAUCUAAAGGUUCCUCCUUAUAUAUGUUCAAACGGGGAAGCUGUCUUUUACGGUGCUAAAGAUUUAUUGAAGGUGUUUCCAAUGAAUACACCUACAGAAGUUGAAUUGGAUGGGGAAAAGAAAGUGACCAUCACGCUUUUCGAUGCGAAUCAUUGUCCUGGGGCCGUAAUGUUUCUCAUUGAAGGCGCGGAAGGAGCUAUCCUUCAUACCGGCGACUUUCGUGCAGAACCUUGGUUUCUAGAGUCCAUUACACACAAUCCAUAUCUUCAGCCUUAUCUUGCACCAUCUAAUGGUACUAACCCCCGGGGUGGCAACGGAAUCGUCAAAACACUGAAAGCAAUAUAUUUGGAUACCGCAUGCGUCAUGCAAACCCAUCAGGUCCCAACCAAAGACGAGGCUACUACUGGCUUGAUUGCUCUCCUCGAACUCUAUCCACCCUCUACGUAUUUCUUCAUCAACUCCUGGACAUGGGGAUACGAAGACAUUCUGAAAGCAAUAGCUAGAGCAUUCAAUUGCAGAAUUCACCUGGAUGACUAUAAACAUCGAAUUUACUCUUUAAUAUCUUCUGACCCUCUCCUGCAAUCAUUGGGUACCAUCGACCCAGAUGAAACACGAUUUCACGCUUGUGAACGUUUUGCGCGUUGCCAUCAUGUCAAUGUUGACCGCGAAGACCAUUCUAGCGAUGAUGACGAUGGUGACCUUGUCAGCGAAGACACUUUCGAUGCUGCAAACAGGCUUCUACUAGGGCAAAAUUCGCACAAGGGCUGGGGUGCGACCAAGGCAAGCAGAAGGACAAAGGAGAUUUCGAAGAAGUUAGUUGUCUACAUCAACCCUGUGAGCUCCAUGACUCCAGAGAGAUGGGCUGAAUACCAGUCUACGACUAAACAACAAUUGAUUAGUGGAAAGGUAGUCCGGUCACUGCUCGUCCCGCUUUCAAGACAUUCACCAUUGCCAGAGUUGCAGGCCUUUGUUUCUCUCUUCCGACCCAACCGCAUUAUACCAAACACCCUUGAUCCUUCGUUGAAGAAUCUCGACUGGGCCGGCAUAGACCGCGUUUUUGAAAGCUGUUGCAGGAAACCGCAACAUACCUCUGCCAAUUUCCACCAUGCCAUUCCACCGGCUCCGAUUGCCCACGAAUUCGAUCUUGGGUUAUUCCAGCCCCAAUCAGACGAUGAUGAAGACGAUAUCGCAGUCAAGAACAUUGUCGCAGACGCUACUAAUGACGCUGAUCUCAAAGCUCGUGCAAUGGCAAAGAAAUGGCUUGUCGAUCCGGGCUAUGGGCUUGAUCCAUCCGCUUUGAAAGGCAGAAAUGGCCGAAGGGUGGACGUCCUUAGGAGCUGGCUGGGUCUAAGGAAGUGGGACAACCACCAGGGCAGCAGUCCCUUAACCCACUCAGAUGCUGCGAAAGGGAAACAAAAAGUGGAAGAUCGCAGACAAUCGCAAUCUGGGCAACAGAAAAGUCGUGGGAUUCCGAGAGACGUCCGCAAUCGAAGCAGCAGUGAUAAUGAAUUCGAUUCGUCUGCUGAUGAAGAUAAUCAUGCGCGGACGGCGCAUAAGUUAUUUGCUCCUUCGGAUGAAGGAAAAGAUCACCUGGUCCAGAAAUAUUGGGAGUCAUCCUCGUUUUCAUUUCAGCUUAGCGAUGAAGAGGAUGUAGCAGAGGUGCAAGUUAGUCUUACGCCUAAUGCAGCUAACGAACGUCGUUUGGAGCCUGGUCAACAAUCCAAGAUCAGGAUAGAAAGGACUAUGAUAUCAUCGCCUGUGCGCGCAGUUGCUCUCAAAUUAUACAAGGCAAAGAAUAGAACAUCCCUGAUACCAGUGGACUUUGUUACCUCCACGCCGAGCCUAAAACAUCGCUCAUGCCCUAGGCCCGAUCCAUUUGUGCCAUCCCAGUCGCCCCUCAUCGCCCAAGCUCGUUCUCUGCAUUUCUCUCCUUCCUCCCCGGCUCAUUCGCCGUCACCAUUCAACAAACUUGCACACCGACCUGAGACGCCGCACAAACAAGGGAUUCGACCCAAAAAAUUGGCGAAACGCUCGCUCGACUCUCCCAUUCAUCUUAUUUCGUCGUCACCGUCUUCGAAAUCCGGAUCUCGUUCGCAAGAGUCGAAGCAUUCACCCUCCAACACACGCGAACGUCGACGCAGUGGGACUACGAAGGGUGGGGUAAACAGUUCCCCGCCGUUGUCAAGCCCCUUGAACAAUCGAAAACGAGCAUCGCGACAACCUGAAAUCACCGACCUCGCCGCCAGUGAGGAAAGACCUAGAAAACGCUUCAAAGAAGUACCUAACAUACCUAACAUGGAGCCCCAAGCCUUGGAUCAACCUUUGAAGGAAGUGAAAAAUAUCUCUCGUCCUUCGAAUAGUCCAAAGAAUCCUUUGGUGUUGUCUUCCAAUGAUGCUGGCUUCCUGUCGCGGGAAAGUGACCAAAAAAACUUGAAUCGUGUUCAAUGUGCCUCAAAUUCACCGCGGAUUGAAUCUUCAAAAGUAUUACGGGCGGCUGUGACCAUUCCAUCUCUCAUAACCAGCAAGCACAUUUCACCUUCGCGUUCUAGACGUAAUCCAUACGUUCGGGUCUGUCGAUCUUCUCCGCACCGCAAUAAAUCCGAGUUGCUUGAUAUACAGUUACGCGCCGCUCGUAAAGCAGCGUCGGCCCUAUUUCCCAACGUACCACCAGCAUUUGAAGCGAAAUGCUUAAAAUUAGAGCAACGUCGGGAUCACGCACGGCUGAAAGAGACAGUUUCGGUAGACUAUGCCUCUGCAGAAAUGAAGAUGAAUAAAAGACGGGUAGAGGAGUUCGACAAGAAGAUUCGCAAUAAUCCUACGUGGAAUGGGCAGGAUAAUGCUGUUGAUUGGGAACGCAGUCGGAUGCUUGAGAGACGUGCUACAGAGGAUCUGAGGCAAGGAAAGAAACCGACAUUUCCAACGCUGGAGUGCGUUCAAGGAUUGGAUAACAACGAUGAUUUGUGA